CAAGACUCCCACAGGAUGGCGACCACAGACACUAGAACAUAAGAAGGACAAGGAUCCAGUGGACGUUAUUUGCCGGAUAAAACCAUUAGACCAAGACAGUGGUGAACAAUGUAUAACUGUUCUCAACUCUCGCGCUGUGAAGCUGAUGCCUCCACCUACCAGUUAUACCUUCCGCAACAGUGGCAAGGAACAGUAUUACAAGUUCCAACAUGUGUUCAGCCCAGAGGCAUCACAGAAGCACCUGUUUGAUCAAGUUGCUAAACCACUGGUGGCUGAUUUGUUACAGGGGAAGAACAGUCUUCUGUUUGCUUAUGGUGUGACGGGCUCUGGCAAGACAUACACUAUGCAGGGUACUCCAGAAGAUUGUGGUGUACUUCAGAGGACUCUGGAUGUAAUCUUCAACAGUAUACAAGAUUAUCAGGCUGAAAGAUGUGUUUUUGUCCCAGACUGCAUGAAUGGUUUUGAUGUCCAGACAGAAGAUGAGGCAGCUGAGAGUCGUAAGGCAUUGAACACUCAGAUGAAUGUUAACAAGACUCCUCGAACUCAGAGACAAAGGAUAGUUAGUACACCAGCCCAAGACAUCCCACACCGCAUCCCUGAUGGGUCCAGAGUCCACACCCUUAUUGAAGACAACAAGUACGCUGUGUUUGUGACCUACAUAGAGAUUUAUCAAAACUACAUUUAUGAUCUACUGGAACAAUUACCUACCACAUCAUCCUCCAGCAGGUAA